GUAGCCAUCCCUGAUGGAGCGGCAUGUUUGUUUGCCUGGCAUUUGAUGAACGUUGGUUCUGCUAGCCAUGUAAGCUCCAUGAAGGUUGACACUGGUUCGUUUUGCUCACCGUCUUGGCUCUGGCCAUGCAAGAAAGAUUUGUUGAAUAAAUGAAUGAGCGAAUGGGGCCUCAGCCUGACUCCCAACUUCUUGGGUGGAUUGAGGGAGGUGGGAUUCUCCUCUUGAUCCUUGCAUUUAUAGGGGAGGGGAAUGAGAUAGGAUCUUCUGUGAUUGUGCCUAAUCUUUAGAGAAGACUCUGUAGAAGGAAGGAGGCUGGAAGAGGAGCUGUUUACUGACUGCUUCCUCGGGCCCAAGCUCUGUCCUCCCCAUUGCCCCAUUUAAUUUUCAGAGCUUUCACCUCCUGGGAGGUGGUCAUCCUGAUUUUGAUGGAUGAAGACCUGAGUCCCAGGGGAGUUAAGGAAAGUAUGGAAAGAUCACAUGGCUGAUAAACAGACCGGAUCAAGUUCUGUCUGACCUCAAACUCUAUUACACCAGUGCCUUUUAAGAACCCUGGACAGUGAGUCGGCCUCCAGCAGCAUCCGCUUCAGCAAGGCCUGCCUGAAGAACGUCUUCUCGGUCCUGCUCAUCUUCAUCUACCUGCUGCUCAUGGCAGUGGCUGUCUUCCUGGUCUACCAGACCAUCACAGACUUCCGUGAGAAGCUCAAGCACCCUGUCAUGUCGGUGUCUUACAAGGAGGUGGAUCGCUAUGACGCCCCAGGGAUUGCUCUGUACCCGGGUCAGGCCCAGCUGCUCAGCUGCAAGCACCAUUAUGAGGUCAUUCCGCCUCUGAGGAGCCCUGGCCAGCUGGGCGACAUGAACUGCACCACCCAGAGGAUCAACUACACAGACCCUUUCUCCAACCAGACCCUGAAAUCCGCCCUGAUUGUGCAGGGGCCCCGCGAGGUGAAGAAGCGGGAGCUGGUCUUCCUCCAGUUCCGCCUGAAUGAGAGUAGCGAGGACUUCAGUGCCAUCGAUUACCUCCUCUUCUCGUCUUUCCAGGAGUUCCUGCACAGAGCUUGGAGCCUUGGCCGGGGCGUCUUCCGCCCUGUCUGCUCCCCGCCCCCCCGCACUCCCUCCACCCUCCCUGCGCAGAGCUGCUGGCUGCACAGCCCAGACAGGGUGGGCUUCAUGCAGGCCUGUGAGAGCGCCUAUUCUAGCUGGAAGUUCUCCGGGGGCUUCCGCACGUGGGUCAAGAUGUCCCUGGUGAAGACGAAGGAGGAGGACGGGCGGGAGGCGGUGGAGUUCCGGCAGGAGACCAGUGUGGUUAACUACAUUGACCAGAGGCCCGCCGCCGAGAAAAGUGCUCAGUUGUUUUUUGUGGUCUUUGAAUGGAAAGAUCCUUUCAUCCAGAAAGUCCAAGAUAUAAUCACCGCCAAUCCUUGGAACACAAUCGCCCUUCUCUGUGGGGCCUUCUUGGCAUUGUUUAAAGCAGCAGAGUUUGCCAAACUGAGUGUGAAAUGGAUGAUCAAAAUUAGGAAGAGAUACCUUAAAAAAAGAGGUCAGGCAGCAAACCACAUAAGCUGAGGUGGCCUCGUGGUGUUCAUAGAACUGCCCCCGGUGAUGGAAGUUCUCGCCACUUCAUUGUCCACCGAGCAACCGGUGGCCCUGUGCUCACUUGAAACGAGCCUCCACUGCGAAAAGCAGCCUGCCAGACCACAGCUUCGACCCUGGCCCCAAAACAGGAUGUUUAGAGCCAGUGGAUAACCUAAAACCUAUUUAAGUAUUUAAAUUAUUAACGAACAUUUUUGGACAUAUGAAUAGGGAUUGUGGACGAUGGAAUUAGAUACGUAUCAGGUUUUCUGAAGGUUUGUGAAGCUGCCUUAUUUGGUUUGGUGUCUAGUUAAGCUCUAACGGGAUAAUUAAGGCUCUACAUUUCACCUUAGUCUCCCCCCCCCCCCCCGCGCCACCCAAGGUUUUUUAAGUGGACAGAAGAGAGCGUGAUUUUUUCCCCAAAUCCUGACGAUGCAGAUGCACAGGUUAUGCGUUGAAGCCUCUGCACCCUGUACCCAAAGGCAGAAUCCCUUAUGUCUCCGGCAUCAUCUGCCAGUUACAUUAUCUGGCCUCUGACAUGCUCUUUCAUUUGUUAAAUUUUAAAAUGGGACUUUUUUAAAGCUACUAGAAACUAGUGCUACGCUUUCUUGUGGAUUGACUAGCCCCCUACCUGUCUGGCUAGAAUAUUUGUUGAUGCAGGUGUAAGAGUGCAAAGUGAUUAACCUGCAAAAGCACUGGGACAUGUGUACAGAGGAGGUGCCUACUCAGUAUAUUUUGAUGAUUUUAUUAACAGGUAAAUAAAAGUUAGGUUAAUGCAAAAGGAGUCCGUGUGCCAGUAUGAAUAUCUGCUAAAUUGGUAGACACCAGUACGCUUUCAUUUUGUGACCUCCAAAUAAGUGGCCACGUGAGCUUGGACUCCCAAGAUGGAUGGAUCUGGACUCCCGAGGUACGUCAUGACUGUGUCCAAGGAAGGGUAGGUGGCCCAGUCGGGAAGAGUGACAGAUCUACUUUGUUCUCCGGGUUCUGUUCCUGUCCUACCAAAGCACCCAUCUGAGAAACGGGUCACUCAGUGUGACCCUCGAAGCCUUCAGCCUAGCUUUUGACAGAGAUGAGUACUCAGUAUUUUUUACAUGGUAGCAGUGGGGUGAUUUAAGGUUAUGAAAAUUGCCUCCAGAGUUUCAAAGUAUUUACAUGCCCUUUGCUUCCAAAGAGGACUUGGAAACACUUCCUGCAUUUUAUAACCUGGCUUUAGGUAAUUUAAAGAGGAAAAACUCAAACGUACAAGUGGGGCAUUCUUAUCUCAUGUCUAACUUAGCAAGACACUGUUACUUGAAUUACUAAAGAUAAACUUGUGCAAAGAAAUAUUCCUUGGUACUUUGCUAUGCCACAGAAGCAUGCACAAACGUGAGCCUAGAUCCUCUCUCUCUGUAAAGUCUUUUUUGUAAGGCAAAUGCAAAGCCAGGUGUAGCUUACCUUAACAGUACUGGAAAACACGUGUCUGUGUGUGUUAAAAUAUCUCUGAAGAUGACACACCACUUAGUAUUAUUUAAUAAAAUUUGCUCAUAUAAACAUA